AUGGAACUCGCCCGGCGCUAUUCGAUCAAUAUCUCCUACCGUACCCUUUCCCGUCGCCUACAGGAUUGGGGGCUUCGCCGAUUACCUACUACCACUGCCGUUGAUAACCAGGCCCUUUGCGACCGUAUUCGAUUCCUUGUGUGUGAUAAUCUCUCCGAUAAAGAGAUCCUGCCAAUCCUCCACCAUGAGGGUUUCAAAAUCGCCCCUAUCACGCUGAAACGACUGCGACAGCAGCUUGGUCUUCGUCUACGUACUGACGAUCCUGAGGCCCGCGCUCUACAAGCCCAGCAGAUUAGGGAGGUGGUUCAGCAGGAGAUUUAUGACGGGAAAAUUGAAGGAUUUGGGAGAGGCCUUCUGCAUACCUAUCUCCGCCAAAAAGGCUAUGUUUUUCCUUGCAAUCGGGUCUUCUCCAUCUACCGCGAUGAGCGCCCUGAUGCUCUUCGCCGCCGAACGCUUGAUCUACAGCGGCAGCGCCAAGCAUAUCGUUCACCUGGUCCAAAUCAUGUCUGGCACAUGGAUGGCUACAUGAAGCUAUCAGGAUACGGUAUCGAGAUAUAUGCUGCGAUCGACGGAUUCUCACGCUAUAUCCUUUGGAUAUACGUCGGCAUUUCUACGCGAACAGCUAUCAGUGUGUACAGACAAUAUGUUGACGCGGUAUCGACCUUUGGAUACAUACCCCGAAUCCUUCGCACUGAUCUUGGCGGCGAAACUAUACACCUUGGAGACGCCCACUGGGCACUAAGGCGUGUGCACGAACCUGAUCUUCCUCAUGAAGACUGUUAUUCGUAUGGCAACAGUACUGAGAAUACUCGAAUUGAGGCCUGGUGGGCAUAG